AUGGCCACUGACGUGAAGAAACCCACUGGUGCGGCCCCGACCGCGAGCCUCUUGCAGCCCGAGGCCAACGACGCGAGCGAACAAGUGCCGGAAGUCUACCGGUCGCUCAACUUCCGCAGUCUCCAGGACCCCUACUCGCACAACCGCGACACGAUGGCGAGUCGCUACAGCACGUUGCGGGCCGACGACCUCGACACGAUGCUCACGGGCGGCCUCGAGCGCUUCUACAAGAAGUACGACCACCUCUCAAAGAAGAUCAACUUGCAGCUGCCGACGCCGGAAGUCCGGUUCGAGAACCUGUCGUUCUCGGUCCAAGUGCCGGCGACUGUCGGGGCCAAAGCUACGGUCGGGAGUUACCUGAGCUCGAUCUUCACGCCGUGGAAGAAGGUGCCCAUGAAGACAAAGCACGCGCUGCACCCCAUGACGGGCAUCAUCAAGCCCGGGUCCAUGACGCUCGUGCUGGCGAACCCCGGGGCCGGCAAGUCGACGUUCCUCAAGGCCAUGGCCGGGAAGCUCCAGGACAAUGACCAGACGGACAUUGGCGGCGAGAUCCUCUACUCGGGUCUGCGCGGCGAAGAGAUUGACCUCAUUAAGCUCGUGGGCCUCGUGGACCAGACGGACAACCACAUCCCGACGCUCACAGUGCGCGAGACGUUCAAGUUUGCCGACAUGUGCGUCAACGGCCGCCCCGACGACCAGCCGGAAGAGAUGCGCGACAUUGCAGCGCUGCGCACGGAGCUGUUUCUGCACAUUUUGGGACUCGAGAACUGCGCCGAUACGGUCGUCGGCGACGCACUGCUCCGGGGCGUGAGUGGCGGCGAGCGCAAGCGCGUGACCGUGGGCGAAGUGCUUGUGGGGGGCCAGAGCUUCUUUCUCUGUGACGAGAUCUCGACGGGUCUCGACAGUGCCGCGACGUUUGACAUUAUCAAGUCGAUGCGCACGUUCUGCAAGACGCUCGGGGGGUCCGUAAUGGUCGCCCUGUUGCAGCCCACGCCGGAAGUCGUCGAGAUGUUCGACGACAUUUUGAUGAUCAACGAGGGCUACAUGGUCUACCACGGCCCGCGCACGGAGAUCCUCGACUACUUCCAGGGCUUGGGCUUCACGUGUCCGCCUCGUGUCGACCCGGCGGACUACUUGAUUGAAAUUACUUCGGGCCGUGGCCACCGCUACGCCAACGGAGUGGUCCCGGUCAAGGACAUGCCCGUGGCGUCCGAGGACUUCCACAACCUCUUUUGCCAGUCGUCGAUCUACAAGAAGACGCACGAGCUGAUCAGCAAGGGCUUCAACGAGCACCAGUUUGAGAGCGCCGAGGACUUUAAGAAGGCCAAGAGCGUGGCCAACCUGGCACGCUCGAAACAGCAGUCGGAGUUUGGACUGGGGUUCGUGCCCAGCACUAUGCUGUUGCUGCACCGUCAGAAGCUCAUUUGGCUGCGUGAUCCGCCGCUGUUGUGGGGCAAGCUGCUGGAAGCGCUCAUCAUUGGUCUGGUCAUGGGCAUGAUCUUCUUUGACGUGAGCUCCACGUACUACCUCCGCAUGAUCUUCUUCAGUAUCGCGCUGUUCCAGCGUCAGGCGUGGCAGCAGAUCACCAUCUCGUUCCAGCUCCGCAAGGUCUUUUACAAGCAACGCCCGCGCAACUUUUUCCGCACCACGUCGUACACGAUUGCCGAAAGUGUGGUGCAGAUUCCAGUCAACUUUGCUGUGUCGUUCGUGCUGGGCACGUUCUUCUACUUCAUGAGUGGCUUGACGCGCACGUUUGAGAAGUUCGUGGUGUUCUACAUCGUGCUGCUGAGUUUCCAGCACGCGAUCAGUGCAUACAUGACGAUGCUAAGUGCGCUGUCGCCGAGUAUCACGGUCGGCCAGGCGCUGGCGUCGAUCUCGGUGAGUUUCUUCCUGCUGUUCUCGGGCAACAUCAUCUUGGCCGACUUGAUCCCGGAGUACUGGAUCUGGAUGUACUGGUUCUCUCCGAUCUCGUGGGCGCUGCGCAGCAACAUGUUGUCCGAGUUCUCGGCCGAUCGAUACACGUCUGAGGAAGGCAGGACAGUGCUGCAGAGCUUUGCGAUCACGGAGGGCACGGAGUACAUUUGGUUCGGUAUCAUCGUGCUGAUCAUCUACUACUUCGUGUUCACGUCGCUCAAUGGUGUGGCGCUGCACUUUAUCCGGUACGAGAAGUACAAGGGUGUGAGCGUCAAGGCCAUGACUGACAAGGACAAGCCCAAGGACGAUGACGACUGUUACGUCAAGGUGAACACGCCCGGCGGUUUAGGGGACACGAACUCGCCAAACAAGGGCGGUCUGCCGUUCACGCCGUCGAACCUGUGCAUCAAGAACCUCGAAUACUUUGUGACGUUGCCAUCGGGUGAGGAGAAGCAGCUUUUGAACGGUAUUACGGCACACUUCGAGCCGGGCCGCAUGGUGGCCCUCAUGGGCGCGACGGGUGCUGGUAAGACGACGCUGAUGGAUGUGAUUGCCGGCCGCAAGACGGGUGGCCGCAUUGUGGGCGACAUUAUCGUGAACGGCGAGCCCAAGAAUCCUGACAACUUCAGUCGGAUUACGGCGUAUUGUGAGCAGAUGGACAUCCACUCGGAGGCUGCUUCGAUCUACGAGGCGCUCGUGUUCUCGGCCAGAUUGCGUCUUCCGCCCAACUUUACGGAGGAGCAGCGCAUGAACUUGGUGCACGAGACACUGGACCUGUUGGAGCUGUCUGCUAUCUCUGGUGAGAUGGUGGGCAGUCUGUCGGUGGAACAGAAGAAGCGAGUGACGAUUGGUGUCGAAGUGGUGUCAAACCCGAGCAUUCUGUUCCUCGACGAGCCGACGAGUGGUCUGGACGCCCGUUCGGCGCUGAUCGUGAUGCGCGGUGUGCAGUCGAUUGCUCGCACGGGCCGCACGGUGUUGUGUACGAUCCACCAGCCGAGUAUUUCGAUCUUUGAGCUCUUCGACGGUCUGCUGCUACUGCAGAGGGGUGGAUUCACUGCGUACUUCGGUGACCUCGGCGACGACUCGGUGAAGAUGCUCGAGUACUUUGCUUCGAUUCCGGGCACGAUGGAGAUUCGUCCGCAGUACAACCCUGCAACGUACAUGCUGGAGGUGAUUGGCGCCGGUAUCGGCCGUGACGUCAAGGACUACUCGGUGGAGUACAAGAACAGUCGGCUGUUUGAAUCAAACCGCGAGCGCACGCUGUUGCUGGCGCAGUCAUCGGGCGAGUUCAUCCGUCACUCGACGUUGAACUACCGACCGAUUGCCACUGGAUUCUUGAACCAGCUCAACGCGCUGGUCGUCAAGCAGCAGCUCACGUACUGGCGCAACCCGCAGUACAACUUCAUGCGCAUGUUCCUGUUCCCGCUGUUCGGCGUCAUCUUUGGCACGACGUUCUACCAGCUAUCGGCGAGCAGUGUGGGUCGCAUCAACUCGCACAUUGGUCUCAUCUACAACAGCAUGGAUUUCAUCGGUGUGAUCAACCUUAUGACGGUGCUCGAGGUCACGUGCGCCGAGCGUGCAGUGUUCUACCGCGAGCGCAUGUCGAACUACUACGGGCCGCUGCCGUACAGUCUGUCGCUGUGGUUUGCGGAAGUGCCCUACUUGAUUGUGGUCAUCAUCCUCUUCGUCGUGAUUGAGUACUGGCUCGUUGGCUGGAGCUCGAACGGAGGCGACUUUCUCUUCUUCAUGUUCAUCUUCUACCUCUACACGUCGGCGUGUACCUACGUGGGUCAGUGGAUGUCGGCCCUGAUGCCGAACGAGAAGGUUGCCAACGUGGCGGUGGGUGCCGUCUCGUGUCUGUUCAACCUGUUUUCGGGCUACUUGCUUCCGCGCACGGCCAUGAAGGCUGGGUACAAGUGGUUCACGUACUUGAUGCCGUCGAGUUACUCGCUCGCGGCUCUUGUUGGCGUGCAGUUCGGUGAGGUGCAGGACGUGAUUGCCGUCACGACCAACGGCGUGACGAGCGAUAUGACGGUGGCGCAGUACAUUGAAGACAUCUACGACUUCCGUCCGGACAGCCGCUACAACUUCAUGAUCGGCCUCAUCAUCAUUUGGCUCGUGCUGCAGGUCGCCAUCUACUUGACGUUCAAGUACGUGAGCCACCUCAAGCGAUAA